UGCGAGGGCAAGUGGGGAGGGGACUCAGCUCAAGACGGGGAGGCCCUGCUCUCAGGUCCCCGGGUCCCGGUGGCGGCCCGAGCGCUAGGUCCGCAAGCAGCGGGCGGGUGGUCCCCCCUCCCGCCCCCACCUCGCGCGUGCGCGCCACGGCCCCUCCCUCCCUGCCACCCUCCUCGGCUCCCGCGCGGCGGCGGCGGUUCCUCUCCCCUCCCCCCAGCCCUGGCUCCGGGGGACCCCGCGAUGCCGGUACGCACCGAGUGUCCCCUUCCGGCCGGUGCCUCGGCGGCCUCGGCGGCCUCGCUUAUCCCGCCGCCGCCCAUCAACACCCAGCAGCCCGGCGUGGCCACCAGCCUGCUCUACAGCGGCUCCAAGUUCCGCGGCCACCAGAAGAGCAAGGGGAACUCGUACGACGUAGAGGUGGUGCUGCAGCAUGUGGACACGGGGAACUCUUACCUUUGUGGGUACCUGAAGAUUAAAGGCCUUACUGAGGAGUAUCCAACCCUUACGACAUUCUUUGAGGGAGAAAUAAUCAGCAAAAAACACCCUUUCUUAACUCGAAAGUGGGAUGCGGAUGAAGAUGUCGAUCGGAAACACUGGGGCAAGUUUCUGGCUUUUUAUCAGUAUGCAAAAUCAUUUAAUUCAGAUGACUUUGAUUAUGAGGAACUGAAGAAUGGGGAUUAUGUCUUCAUGAGGUGGAAGGAGCAGUUCCUGGUCCCAGACCACACGAUCAAAGACAUCAGCGGUGCUUCCUUUGCCGGGUUCUACUACAUCUGCUUCCAGAAGUCGGCAGCCUCCAUAGAGGGCUACUAUUACCAUAGGAGUUCAGAAUGGUAUCAGUCUCUCAAUCUAACUCAUGUUCCUGAACACAGUGCACCCAUCUAUGAGUUCCGGUGACAACGGUUCAGAAGAGCAACCAAAUAAAACUGAACUUGGCAAAAAA